UUUCAUUGACCCAACAUGAGUAAACACACCAGGGCAUCAUGUCAUCAGUCCGAGGAUAAGGGGACCUGCAUUCAGACAUGGCUGUUGUAAUAUAGUAGGCUACAUGAAAUACAAACGUCCAUGAAAUCCUAUUUAGUUUGAAACUAUGAGGAAACUCGAAUAUGUCCAGACGUAAUAUAGCCUGGUACACCCCUUACUAUAUGUCCCUCGUCGCCGCAUCUGAGAACUUCUUCUUCUGAGCCAAUCAUCAGGACGCAGCUGUGUAUGGCAUUUAACCCACUGUCGCACAAUGAACGGACGAGCGCGAGGAGGAGGGACAGCCGGUUAAUAACCCAACUGCACUGCAUCUGUCAUCCUCAUGGUCUCCCGACGUCUCCGGGAGCAUGUAGACGGGCUCCUCUAGUGCCACUGCGGAGAGAGAAAUGGCAUUAGAAAAAUAUUCUCUAAUUUUGACACUAUCUAUGGAUGCAGAGUAACCUGAUGUUCCACAGCUGUAUUUGGGAAUCUUGGUUAAUUGUGUUCAGUCUAUCGGGGCACGCGCUACACGCUGCGCACUUUGGCGGUGGUGGCAGUCAAACUAUUUUAGCUGUCUUCUCGACCAGUGUAAUCUAAGGAAUUAAUCGUUAUACAGGACUAUACACCUGCAACACGUACCCAGAACCGUGGAGCGUGACUCCCGCUGGAUGUAACGUUGAGCGGAGUGACGCGGGUCGGUGUGCGGACGAAUAGAGCCGUGGCGGAGCAAACGCACGAAGUCCAAAUUCCAUCUCCCUUUUCGUGUCCCGGUGCCUCUUCCCGCCCCAUAACGGAGAUGUUGUUCCUCGGAAUACUGCUCAGCAUCUUCAUACAAGAUGUGGUCACCUCCUUGCCGCCCCUCCCCCCGGGCAUUAUGGACUGUUUGGAGGCAGAGAGUGGGUGUGAAGCAGAUCCCCAGUGUAAGGAGCUGUACAGCACCUUGCAGUACUGUGUGUCCGAGGAGGAGGAGGCUCCGCCGGGGAGCAAGGCCAGGAUAGAGUGCCUGGAGGCCCUGAGCGCCCUACACUACCUCCCCCUGUUGGCCUGCAAGUGUCAGCGCGGCGCACGCAGAGAGGAGCACUGCCUCCGAGUCUACUGGAGUGUCAGGAUCCUGCAGAGUUAUGAGGACUUGGAGGCGUCUCCCUAUGAUGACUCGCCAGUGGAAAUGUCUCACAUGGCCUCCAUAGUGGCAGCAGCCUCCUCUCUUCCUCUCGAUGGACAGAACGCAUGUCUGAAGGCAGCCCAGGACUGUGGUCUAUAUGAGAAAUGCGGGUCCCUGAGGUCUGAGUACGUCCUGGCCUGCACUAAGCGCGUCCCAGGCUUGGACCACUGCAACAGGCAGAAGUGCCACCGGGCACUGCGGCGCUUCCUGGAGCGCGUCCCGGGGGAGUACAGCCUGGGGUUGCUGUUCUGCCCCUGUACUGACAAACUGUGUGGGGAGAGACGCAGGAAGACCAUCGUCCCUUCCUGUUCCUACCAGGAGAGAGACGGGAAACAGCCCAACUGUCUGCAUCUGCAGAGCUCCUGCACGAGGGACCAUCUCUGCAGGUCCAGACUGGCUGAUUUCCAGCAUAACUGCCAGUCCUCCGGCCAUUCCCCCUCUCGCUGUUUCAGAGAUAGUGGAACAGUGUGCCUCAAAUCCUAUGCCGGACUCAUCGGCACCAUCAUGACCCCCAACUACCUUAGCAACAGCACUAUGGACGUGGCCCUGUGGUGCAAUUGUGAGGGCAGUGGCAACCAAUGGAAGAACUGCCUGAAGAUCCAGAACAUGUUCACCAAUAACGCCUGUCUGGAGAACUCCAUAAGUACCAUGGGUAGCUUACCCCCUCGGCCAGUGGAGAGCAUUCUUCCCCCUUCCCCUCGCCCCUCCCCCCUGGACCAGCAGAACAAGCUCAGCAACAACGCCCAGGAUGAGCUCAGCAACAACGCUGUGGAGCAGAGUGAGGAAGAGGAGGAUGAGGAAGAGGAGGAGGGGGGUCAGUUUGACGUGAUCCCUCUCUAUGCUGAGAAGGCCACGGUGUCCAAUCUGGGUUCUGGGGGUGGGGGGGUGUCCCCCCGUCUGUCCUCAGCCCCCCCUCCCUUCCUGCUGCUGCUCCUUCUGCUACUGUCAGCCUCUCUGAGCUGGGGGUAAGGAGGGGCGGGGCCCUUGCACACAGACACAGAGUCUCUGAGAAAUGCACAGAGAGCGAGAGGAGGGAGAAAAUAAGAGAAGAUAAAGGACCUCUAGUGUUUAUUGCUUCCUUCCUUCUCUCUUCCUUUUGAGACGGUCUUGUACAGUCUGUUUUCUUUUUAUUGCUUCACCUCCCACUGUCAGGUGAUGGUUUUGCCCGAUGGAGACUUUUUGUGUAUGACAGACAUAGAGGUGAACCAACUCCACAGUGACAGAGGGAGGUUAAACUGAGUGACUUGAUAGAUGAUAUGUGAGUAAUUUCCUCCUUUGGUGAAGACAUGUGACAGGUUACCAUGUGUCCGAUAGCGCUUUAGUAUAUCCAAGCUUCACUCUGUCCAUUCAUACCUCUGUACUCUCCAGUGAUGGAGAAGUGCUUACAGUCAGUGUUAGGAAGGAAUGUACACUGAGUAUACCAAACAAUAGGAGCACCUUCCUAAUAUUGAGUUGCCCUCAGAACAGCCUCAAUUCGUCGGGGCAUGGACUCUACAAGGUGUCGAAAGCGUUCCACAGGGAUGCUGGCCCAUGUUGACUCCUGUGCUUCCCACAGUUAUAUCAAGUUGGCUUGAUGUCCUUUGGGUGGUGAACCAUUCUUGAUACACACGGGAAACCGUUGAGCAUGAAAAACUCAGCACCGCUGCAGUUCUUGGCACAAACCGGUGCGCCUCGCACCUAAUACCGUAUCCCGUUCAAAGGCACUUUGUCUUUUGUCUUGCCUAUUCACCCUCUGAAUGGCACACAUACACAAUCCAUGUCUCAGUUGUCUCAAGGCGUAGAAAAUGUCCUUUAACCCGUCUCCUCCCCUUCAUCUACACUGAUUGAGUGGAGUUAACAAGUGACAUCAAUAAGGGAUCAUAGCUUUCACCUGGAUUCACCCGGUGAGUCUGUCACGCAAAGAGCAGGUGUUCAUAAUGCAAGCGCUUUUGGUUUAUUGCUCUACCUGUGUCUAAAUGACUCAGUACAGCGGCCUGGGAGAAAAACCAGCUGCAGAAAUACAAAUAAAACACCAUCAUCAAAAAACUGAUACAAUAUAAGUAAUAAAAAAAUCUAAUAUCUUCUCAGUAGGUGUAGACGCCCGUCUGGGGUUGACACUCGCAGGCAGAGAAGGAGAGAGAAAAACAGAGGGAGAGGGAGAAAGAGACCGAGAGAGAGGGAGAAGGAAACAGAGAGAGAGAGAGAGAGAAUGAGACAAAGAGGGAGAGAGAAGGAAACAGAGAGAGAGGGAGAGAGAGAGAAACAGAGAGGGAGAGAGAAAGAAACAGAGAAAGGGAGAAAGAGACAAAGAGGGAGAGAGAAGGAAACAGAGAAAGAGAGAGAGAGAGAGAGAGAGAGAGAGAAAGAAACAGAGAGAGCGAUAGAAGACGAGGGAUAAAGAGGGAGUGAGUUUCUGGUGUAUCGUCCAUUUCCUCUGCACUUUUUACUUGUUUUAGUUGAGAUAAUAUAAUCUAGUGUGAACUCUUUGGCUGGAAUUCAUUCAAACCCACCAGUGUCUUAUGUUCACCAUAUUCAUCCCGUUCCCACACAUUUCUAAUUCUGAAAAGUGAAAGCAUACCUGUGAGAGGGGUCGCCAUGGUAGUAGUUGUGGGUUUUUAUACGGUACCCAAGAUCAAUCUGUCAGUUAAUUUGAUCAUUGGAAAAAGCUACUGCGUAAAUACUGCAAUGCGGGUUAGAUUGAAUUGAGCCCUUUAUAUUCUGGUGAGCUCUGGGGGGAAAAUCGUUGGUGAGGAGCGAUAGAGGGAGAGAGAAAAAGAGUGAACCAGACAGAGAGAGAGACCCUCGAGCGCAAACAUACCGUAGAGAAUCGCUGGCCCUAUAUUUCCUCUGUCUUAUAAAUCUUUUGCUGACA